UAAAAGGCUGUUUUCGCAAAAUUAGAUACGAAUAUUACACUUGCUCACCUUGUACUAUCGGAGAACAUCCAAUAUGUCACUGGAGUGCGUUGGCGUUGCUCUUGCAGUAGCAGAUAUCGUUCAUACUUUAACAGUUUAUCUUGUCCAAGGACUAAGCGACACUUCUAAUUUUGGAUCGGAUCUGGAGUCAACACGUCUCGCAUUGAGCACACAAGCCAACACGUUCAAAGACAUAAAAACCCUACUUUUCGGACCCAGCGGCUCACAAGACCAAGGCAUAUUCGCCCAGUUUGACACACAAACACAAUUAGACAUCAUAAGUAUCCUGCGACAUUUCCGAACUUCACUAGAGUCGCAAUACACGUUAGUCAACAGGAAAUAUGGCGCUACGACUCCGAGCCUUGGAAUAGUUCUCGACCCCGAUAGUGGCUUUGGAUCACAUCACACAUCGACUGUUUUCAAGCGCCUGCAAUGGGGUUUCAGCCAGAAGUCCAAAGUUGACAAGAUCCAUGCCGCGCGUCAGAACAAACUCGCUUCAGACAAUGCAUUGGCGUUGUCGGAACAAGUUCAAACGAUAGACUUAUCGGGAAACCAGGAUCCUCUGGGUCUCAAGAAAGAUUUGCAGCUAGCUAAUCUAGCUUUGGAUUACCCCUUGUCAACUCAGCGCAGGCAAGAUCUUCAGAUCACCGAGCAAGCCAAGAUACUCGCAUAUGAAAACGCAAGAGAUGUCAUACAGCCUACUGAAAGGCCACAACCACCAAACAACGGAUGGCGGCAGCCUUCCCCUAUUGCCUUUUCUCGGAUCAAACGCAGAUUAGUCCAAUUCCACGACCAAAUCGUGCUACUGGAGUACAAAGACUUCGUUGCAGAUGAAGCUGGACAACCUUCUGAAGCUACUCAGGCGCGUAUUGCACAGCUGGCAAGAAUUCUGAAUGAAUCUAAACCCGAGCGGUAUCGCACUCUUCAAUGCAGCGCCUAUUACUUUUUCGAGGAACGGUUCACCCUUGCUUUUCCGAUCCCAUCGUCGCUGAACCCAAAGUAUACGACCUUGGCUCAGAUACUAGAUAGCUAUAAAGGCCAGCCGCCAAGUUUGGAUGAUCGGUUUAUCCUAGCACGGAAACUGUGUGCUGCGGUAGCACAGUUGCAUACAGUCGGGUGGGUUCAUAAAUCCAUCCGCAGUGAUAACAUUCUUUUCUUCAAUACAACCUCAGAAGAUUUGCAAGCGUCCCUGUCAUCGUCUGCUAAGACGGCAUCAACAUCUCCGGGACCAGAGGUCUUUGAGAGCCUCUACCUUUCAGGUUGGGAGUACUCGAGACCAGAGACCGGGUUAUCUUCUGUUCGUUCUGGAUCGGAAGAUAUUGACGAAAACAUCUACCGCCACCCAGAUCAAUGGGGUCUGCCCACAAUUCGAUUCAACCGCAACCAUGAUAUCUACUCCCUUGGGGUAAUUCUUCUCGAGAUCAGCCGCUGGAAACGGGCCAUUAACUUUCAUCCAUCGCGGUUCCGGAACUGUGAGGUCGCCAAUGUCGUCCGGAAUUACUUUAUCCAAGAAGCCAACAAUACCAAGACGAGUGGUAGCAUGGGAUAUCGCUAUCAGGGAAUUAUCCUCAAGUGCUUACAGGGCACCUUUGAUCCGCCAGAUGUUGGCGCAGACUUGGAAAUAGUGCAGGAUGAUCACGUCCAGCUUGAUUUCAACAUUGACUUUGAGAAUGAGACUUUUUAUCAUCAAGUGAUUGAGAUUUUAGACGAGAUUGUUCUCCAUCUAUAGCUUAAAUUCUUAGCUCUUCUCGAUUUUCCCUUACUUUCUCUUACUUUAUCAUGACUUGCG